GGCCGAACGAAGAGGCGGCCAGGCGCACAGGAUGCCUCUCCCACUCCUCCCAAAGAUCAUCACCUAUACCUUUGCCACAGCGCACGCCGCCACCGGCCUCGCCGCCCUCCUCGGCGAGGUUGACCUGCUGCAGGGAGUGCUCCUCGACACGGCCAAGUUCAAGGCCCUCAGCCCCCUGACGGACGAGUCCUUGGCCGCCUUCCUUCGCGGCCCAAAAGCAAACGGUCGAGGCACGGCGCCCAAUGUCAGGGCCUGGGGCGCGCGGCAGUUCGCCGUCGGUGCGGUUUUUGGCUUCGCAGCAAUUUCCGGCGAGGUUGCGGCCUACCAAGCGGCGCUCGUCGCCUUGCUUGCUCGGUGCGGUGGCGAUGUGCUCCAGAACCUGCUCGAUGGGUGCAUGUGGAAGGUGGCGCUCUUCCUGGGAGUCGAGGGGGUGGCGGGGGCGCUCAUGUACGUCAGCGCGAAUUAAGGACGACUCGGUGAGAGUGGCCAGCGCUGCGCGCGUUGUGCGUUGUGCGCGCGAUCGUGGAUUUUUCUCUCUCUCUCUCAGUUGUAUCUGGCUCUACGUGCGAAACGUGGCUCUUAUACAUCGUUACGAACAUAG